UUUUAUAACAAUCCCGUGAAGCUACGGGGAAUCGAUGCUAGCUUGAACCGGCAAUUGUAUCCCGGGCAACCUUCGAGUGCCGAAACUUUCCGCGACUUGGUCGCAGGGGGAGGUUCCAUCUUGGUCGUGGGGCCUCCUGGAGUCGGCAAAACCACCUUGAUCAGAGAGAUCGCUAGAAUGUUAGCAGAUGACCACAAGAAGCGUGUUGUCAUAGCGGAUACAUCUAACCAGAUUGGUGGUGAUGGAGAUGUUCCUCACGCAGGAAUUGGUCGAGCGAGGAGGACGCAAGUGUCCAAUGUUCAUAUGCAACAUAAUAUUAUGAUUGAAGCUGUUGAAAAUGACAUGCCAGAGACCAUAAUCAUCGAUGAGAUUGGGACUGAACUCGAAGCAUUAGCUGCUAGCACGAUUGCCCAGAGAGGAGUUCAACUCGUGGGAACAGCUCAUGGAGUUACCAUAGAUAACAUCAUUAAGAACCCUUCUCUGCAGAUCCUUCUUGGUGGUAUUGAGAGUGGGACUCUUGGUGAUGAGGAAGCACGGAAAAGGAAAGUACAGAAGACAAUUCUAGAGCGAAAAGGGCCCCCAACAUUUACUUGUGCAGUUGAGAUGAUAUCAAAGACAGAGUGCCGUGUGCAUCACCGGUUAGAUGCGAGUGCUGGAUGCUAUUUCUGCAGGAAGAUCUCCUUUGAUUGAAAUUCGGCAGAUGCAUUCUGAAGUUGAUGGCUCUCCAAAACCUAUGUUACUUGACGAAAAGACUCAGGAAGAAGAGUUUGAAAUGACUAAUGAACGUAAUACUUCAGUUUCGGUGAGCUCUACUGAUUCAAGUGAUAGCGUAUGUUGAGGAACCAUCAAUAUUAUGCAUUUAUCAUAAACUUUUUUUUGGGUUUAAAUUGUGACAUUACUGUUGUAAUUUCGAGGAUUGAAUUACUUAUCAUUCAACCAACACUUACUUUGUGCAUUUUAUUGUAACUUUAAUACCAAUCUCCGGACUAUCGAUUCCGGUCAGUUCUAUUCC